AAUGGGCGGAGAGAAACUCGGAGUUGAAAGUGAACCGGCGGGAGAGGCAUUAAGAGGGGCCGGGUAGUCAGCAUGGCAGACCAGGGGUUGGAGAUGGCCUCUAUGAUUCCAGCCCUCAGGGAGCUGGGGAGUGCUAGUACAGAGGAAUAUAAUACUGUUGUUCAGAAACCAAGACAAAUACUUUGUCAGUUCAUUGACCGGAUACUUACGGAUGUAGAUGUUGUGGCUCUGGAACUUGUUAAGAAAACUGAAUCUCAGCCUAGUUCUGUAAUGUUGCUUGAUUUCAUUCUUCACAUCAUGAAAUCAUCCCCACUUAUAUUUAUCAACUUAACUGGAACUCAUCAGCAAAGUGAAACAGAGUCUGACUGUAUUGAAUUUACCAGUUGGAUCAUAGCACGCCUCUUGAGAAUUACUGCCUGUCCAAAGUGCCUCACUUUACAUGAGAACAUCUGUAAUGUCAUUUGUUCUCUGCUGUCUCUUUUCAAAGUCAAGAACUGUGCCAUGUUUGACCUACUGACAAAAGAAUUGCUGCAUCUUCUUCAGGAUCUGAUUUUACUCCAUGAAAGAAAUGUGACUAGGCACGUCCAAGGAGAUUUGUUGAGCUGGCCCAUGGUGGUGAACAGAUUUUCAACCCAUGGCAGAAUACGUUUGGGCUACUUAAGAUCCAUCCCAUUACAGCUGAUGGGUAUGAGCAAUGUGGAAUGCUUGGAAGUUACCCUGAUAAAAAUUCUUACUGAUAUAGCUUCUUAUUUGUUUUUUAGUCAACAGGACAUUACCCUUUGGGGAAUAGGGUGCUCUCUGUUUCAGUAUGGUAGUCCAAAAACCAAAGUGCUGGCAAUGACCUUUCUAACAGAAUUAGUCCAGUUAGGAGGGCCUCCAGACCAACUAGCUAGCAAUUUCUUCUCCAUUCUUUUUGGAAUGUUACAGUUCAUUCAUGAAGUGGAUGAUGCACAGUUGGAGCUAUAUGAAGAACCACUGUUAAUGUUAGUGAGAGCUCUGUUUCCUUUUGAAGCCCACACCUAUCGGAACAUUGAGCCCAUCUAUCUAAACAUACUACUGGAGAAGCUCCAUGCAAUUUGUGAAGCUGACGCACUCAGGCUUCUUCCUUCUGAGAAGGUGAAAGGAGCAUUAUGUCACCUACUGCAGUAUUUCUUGAAGUUUGUGCCAGCUGGAUAUGAGUCUGCUGUUCCAGUUAGAUGGGCCCGAAUUAACAGCAUUUGCAGCUUUUUCAUUGUUGCAGUUGGCAGCCAGGCAGAGGAAGAGUAUCUACUGAGUCCGCUUUACACUGCCUUGAAGACUGAAACAGUAGAGAUCAUCCAGAUUUACCGUACUAAUAAUCCAGAGACUUCUGAUGUUGAUGGAUGGAACAGCAGUAGUAGUGAUGAAACUCCGGGAAAAAGAAUACGACUGAGCCUGUCCUUAAAGCAUCCUAAAAAGUUUCCUACAUCAGCAGGGUCAAUUCACGUGGAUAUGAAAAUGAAGAGCAUGUUGUGGAGUGCUACUAGCAAGAAAGCCGAAUCUUUGCUGUCUCUCCUGGAACAAGACAUUCUGACAGGAAAACUUGUCCAAACCAUGGAGGGAAUUGCUUUAAUAGUGCGACUGGCUGCUCUGUGUGCAGUCCAUGCUACACAAAAUUUCAACAGUACAAGUCACCAAGCCAGCCAUCUGUGUAAUCCACAUAAUCAUAAACAUAAUGCUGAUUUGCCUUCAAAAUCGGGAGAGCCUGUGCAGUUAAUGUGGAUUUCUUCUGAGUUCAUUAUGAGAGUAGUUAAAGUCUGUUGGAAGCUGUUGGAGCCAACUUCACAGAUAACUGAUCUAGAGCAAGUGAUUCAAAGAGUGGUGAAGAUCAUCGAUGCCUUACUUUAUAUGCAAGUAAAUGUCCACCUCAAUGAUGAGAUUAUUGGAAACUUAUUUGGAAUGCUUUGUUUGCCAUGGAUUUCCAACUAUUCUGAUGACCCUUCAGUCCACCUGCCUUCAGUUAAUGUGAAUCUUCUGGCUUUGAGCCAACAUGCUGGAAGAUGCUUUUCACCUGAAACUCAGUCACACUGUAUCUUUCUGCUUUCUUUGAUUCCAAGAAGAUUGUGUCUGAAGUGGAGAAAUUCUGUAUAUCAACAUGCGUUACAGAGUCCCCAUGAAAGCAUCAGAGCUAACUGUGUUAAAGGAUUUCCUAUCCUGAUGCAUCAGUCAGGAUGUGCUACGUUGCCUGUAUAUCUUUUGGAGCAAAUAAGGGAUGAAUCUCUGUUGGUCCAGAAAGCUUAUGCCAGCAUCAUUGGAAUAUUAGCUUGCUAUCUUUCUGGCAACUUUAACUUAAGACCUCCUUUAAACGAACCCAACAUCCAGCCCAAAAGUUGUGACAUCCUCUGUAGCAGCCUUGUUGUUACUUGUUCUCAUGAGGAAACUUGUGUUGUAAAAGCUUCCAUUUUCAAGCCAUUUCUAAGUCUUCUGGAAUGCAAUGUACCAAGUCCAGUAAAGCUAGUUUUAGUUGAGAACCUCUCUACCUUUUGUAAACACUUGAACUUUCGAGAAGAUGAACUGAAUGUUAAAUUUGUAAUUGGAGCUUUCUUAAACCUGAUGGAAGAUCCAGACAAAGAUGUAAGAGUGGCUUUAAGUAGCCAUAUCAAGCACUUAUUGGGCUAUUCAGAGACUGAGGAAAGCUCCAUAAAAGAGCUCUUCAUUUCCAAAAUGAAGGAGGCCUAUAUAAAUGCCAAGAUGUCAAGAAAUAGCGAACUGAAGGAUACACUGAUUCUCACAACAGGCGAUAUUGGAAGGGCAGCAAAGGGGGAUUUGGUGCCCUUUGCACUCCUACACUUGUUACAUUGUUUGUUGUCUAAGUCACCAUCUGUGGCUGGAGCGGCAUAUACCGAAAUCAGGGCUUUGGCUGCUGCCAAGUCGAUAAAGCUGCAAGCAUUUUUCAGUCAGUACAAGAAAUCCAUCUGUCAGUUUUUAGUGGAAUCACUGCACUCAAGCCAGAUGGCGAUGCUUUCCAACACUCCCAUUCAAAGCAGUGAAAUGCAAAAACAAGAAAGUGCUCAUCAAAGGGAGGUAGCCCUGGAUACAUUAUCUGAAAUUGCCAACGUUUUUGAUUUCCCAGAUCUCAAUCGUUUUCUUGGACGGAUUCUCCAAGUCCUAUUGCCUGACCUUGCUGCCAAGGCCAGUCCUGCAGCCUCUGUGAUCAUCCGAACGAUAUCAAAACAACUAAACGUAAAUCGCAGAGAGAUCCUCAUCAACAACUUCAAGUACAUCUUCUCUCAUUUAGUCUGCUUUUGUACUAAGGAUGAACUGGAGCGAGCAUUACAUUAUCUCAAGAAUGAAACAGAAAUAGAACUAGGAAGUCUGUUGAGGCAGGACUAUCAGGGAUUGCAUAAUGAAUUAUUACUACGUAUAGGAGAACAUUAUCAACAGGUCUUCAAUGGCUUAUCAAUACUAGCUUCAUUUGCAUCUAAUGAUGACCCAUAUCAGGGACCAAAGGAUAUACUAUCUCCUGAGUUAAUGGCAGGUUACCUGCAACCAAAACUGCUGGGCAUCUUGGCCUUCUUCAACAUGCAGCUGUUAAGUUCAAGUGUUGGUAUUGAAGAUAAAAAGAUGGCCUUAAAUAGCUUGAUGGCUUUAAUGAAGCUUUUGGGUCCCAAACACAUAAGUGCUGUGAGAGUGAAGAUGAUGACGACACUUCGGACGGGGCUGAGAUAUAAGGAUGACUUCCCGGAGUUAUGCUGCAAGGCUUGGGACUGCUUUGUUCGCUCCUUGGACCAGGCUCAUCUUGGUUCCCUUCUCAGUCAUGUGAUAGUAGCCCUCUUGCCUCUCAUAAAUGUUCAGCCUAAAGAAACUGCUUCAGUCUUCCAUUUUCUUAUAGUUGAGAACAGAGAUGCAGUACAGGAUUUUCUACAUGAAAUAUAUUUUCUCCCUGAACAUCCUAUACUCAGAGAAAUUCAAAUAGUUCUUCAGGAAUACAGAAAGGAAACUUCCAAAAGCACAGACUUGCAGACAGCACUGCAGUUGUCCAUGAGAGCCAUUCAACAUGAGAAUGUUGAUGUUCGGAUCCACGCACUUACCAGACUGAAGGAAACAUUAUAUAAAAACCAACUGCUAGACUGUUCUAACCUGGAGCCAUGGUGGCUCUGCCUGGCCACGCUGCGGGCCGGCUGGACGAGCAGGGGCCAGCUGAGCCUCUGGUCUCCAGGCCGCAGCCAGCACACGCUCCCUCCGCUGCCCCCUGACCUCACGUGCCCUGGCCCACACCAGCUCUCCUUGGCCCUGCUGUGGGCUGGUUGGAGGCUGGCCAGGCCUCCGGCGUUCCGGCUGCAGCUGGCAUACGCCCCCCCACUGCUCCUUCUAAACUGUUUUGCUUGCCCUUUUGUGGUUUUUUGUUUUAUCUACAGGUUACACAUGCUGUGUGAGCUGGAGCACAGCAUUGCACCAGUGCUUCAGCAACCUGAUGGUGACUGCAGUAAAGAUUCUUUGAACUGGCAUGCUCGGCUAGAAAUGACACAAAACUCAUACAGAGCCAAAGAACCCAUCUUGGCUCUUAGAAGAGCUUUACUUAGCCUCACUAAAAGAGAGGAUUAUAGUGAAGAAAUGGGAGAAUGUUGGCUUCAAAGUGCCCAAGUUGCUCGAAAAGCUGGUCAUCAUCAAACAGCAUAUAAUGCUCUCCUUAAUGCUGGGAAAUCCAAGUUAUCCGAAUUGUAUGUAGAAAGAGCAAAGUGGCUAUGGUCCAAGGGUGAGGCUCACCAGGGCCUUAUCGUUCUUCAGAAAGGAGUCGAAUUGUGUUUUCCGGGUAAUCAAGUACCGUCCGAUGCUAAAAGUAAGAUCAUCCAUGGGGAAGCCCUGCUACUGGUGGGCAGGUUUAUGGAAGAAACUGCGAACUUUGAGAGUAAUGCUGUCAUGAAAAAAUAUAAAGAUGUCACUAAUUGCUUGCCAGAGUGGGAAAAUGGACACUUCUAUCUUGCUAAAUAUUAUGAUAAAUUGAUGCCAACAGUAACUGAAAAUAAGAUGGAAAAACAAGGAGAGCUGAUUAGAUAUAUAGUUACUCAUUUUGGAAGGUCUCUGCGUUUUGGAAACCAAUUUAUCUAUCAGUCAAUGCCCAGAAUGCUAUCUUUGUGGCUUGACUUAGGAGCAAAAGCAUAUGAAUGUGAGAAAGUUGGUCGUCAUGAUCGUGCGCAAAUGAAAGCUGAUUUGGCUAAAAUUAACAAGGUGAUUACAGAACACACACAACUGUUGGCUCCUUACCAGUUUUUGACAGCUUUCUCCCAACUGAUCUCUCGAAUCUGCCACUCUCACAGUGAAGUCUUCGUUGUUCUUAUGGCAAUCAUUGCCAAGGUUUUUGUAGCCUAUCCUCAACAGGCAAUGUGGAUGAUGACAGCCGUGUCUAAGUCCUCUUAUCCAAUGCGUAUGAAUAGAUGCAAAGAAAUUUUAAGCAAUGCCAUUCACAUGAAGCCAGCUCUAGGAAAAUUUAUUGAGGAUGCAACUCGCCUGACAGAUAAGCUCCUAGAGCUGUGUAACAAAUCGGUUGAUGGCAACACCUCCACACUGAGCAUGGGUAUUCAUUUCAAAAGUUUAAAGAAGCUGGUAGAAGAACAGACAUUUAGUGAGAUCCUUAUUCCUUUGCAGUCGGUAAUGAUACCUACGCUCCCUUCAGUUCCUGGCACACACUCCAAUCAUGACCCUUUCCCUGGAGGCUGGGCUUAUAUUGCUGGCUUUGGAGAUACGAUUGAAAUCCUCGCAUCUCUUCAGAAGCCUAAAAAGAUCACUUUAAAAGGUUCAGAUGGGAAAUCCUAUAUCAUGAUGUGCAAACCAAAGGAUGAUCUAAGGAAGGACUGUCGACUCAUGGAGUUCAACUCCUUGAUAAAUAAGUGCUUAAGAAAGGAUGCAGAGUCACGUAGACGAGAACUCCACAUCAGGACCUAUGCUGUUAUUCCCCUGAAUGAGGAAUGUGGGAUAAUUGAAUGGGUGAAUAAUACUGCUGGCUUGCGAAAUAUCCUGAUCAAGCUAUAUAAGGAGAAAGGUAUCCAUAUGCCUGGAAAGGAGCUACGUCAGUGUAUGAUCCCAAAGACUGCACCUUUACAAGAAAAGUUGAAAGUUUUCAAAGAAACUCUACUGCCCCGGCACCCUCCAAUUUUUCAUGAAUGGUUUCUGAGAACAUUUCCUGAUCCUACAUCUUGGUACAACAGCAGGUCUGCAUAUAGUCGUUCGACCGCAGUGAUGUCAAUGGUUGGAUACAUUCUGGGCCUUGGGGACCGUCAUGGAGAAAAUAUUCUGUUUGAUUCCCUAACAGGUGAAUGUGUGCACGUGGAUUUCAACUGUUUGUUCAAUAAGGGGGAAAGUUUUGAUUUUCCAGAAAUAGUUCCAUUUCGCCUUACGCAAAACAUGGUCAGUGGGAUGGGUCCGAUGGGGAUAGAAGGCCUCUUCCGAAGGGCUUGUGAAGUUAUAAUGAGACUCAUGCGUGAUCAGAGAGAACCACUAAUGAGUGUGUUGAAGACUUUUCUCCAUGAUCCUCUGGUGGAGUGGAGUAAACCAGUAAAAGGCAAUUCAAAAGCCCAAGUGAAUGAAACUGGAGAAAUUGUUAAUGAAAAGGCCAAGACACAUGUCCUGGAUAUAGAUCAACGACUGCAGGGUGUGAUUAAAAACAGGAAUAGGGUAAAAGGUCUGCCUUUAUCGAUUGAAGGGCAUGUUCACCAUCUCAUUCAAGAUGCAACUGAUGAAAAUUUGCUGUGCCAGAUGUACCUUGGCUGGGCUCCAUACAUGUAAAAUGCUGUCAUUUGCAAAUGAUCCUACAACAGUUUUUGUAAAAGGACUUUUUUACAAAAAGAUUUUCUAUAGUUGGUAAUUUUCUAUGCCUUGGUAAUUUUUUCCAGUGCAAGGCCCUGUUUAAGUUUCACUGUCUGUACAUCUUUGAUACAGAAAUGUAAUAUAAACAAUAAAAGUAAUAUUUAUGUAUCUAAAAAGCUAUUUGUAAACAUUACAAUCGUUACUUUAAAA